AUGGGCAAAUUCGGAAACGCUCUCAAGGCAGGCCAAAGUGCCGUUGAGCUAGGCCGCAACGUUCAAGGCCUCGCCGGUGCUGCCUCUGAAUUCCGUUCCGCGGACAAGGCGGAGAUGGGCCGCAAAGCUGGACGCGGCGUCUUCAACGAGGGAGCUGCGACAGGCAAGACCAUGGGGAAGACAUGGCUCAAGACAUUCGAAGUCGUCCCCCGCCUGGUCUGCCGCGGACUUCAGUUUCUCUUCGCUCUCAUUGCCUGCGGCAUCUACGGUAACCGUGUGAGCGCGGACCGCAAAGCAAACGAUGGCUUCUCGCCGGAAUGGAUCUUUGCCAUCGCCGUGGCGGGAACCUCUGCUGUCACAGCCGUCCUCUUCGUUGCUGCCACACCACUCGGCGCCAUUCCCUACGUCGGCAGCAGGAUCAAGAUUUUCAAGACAUAUCGCGCUUUUGCUUGGGACUUGGUCCUCUUCAUUUCAUGGAUUGUGGUGUUUGGGAUCUUUGCGGCGAUUUUCCUCCACAGGGAGAGCGAUGACUCGUACAAAGGUAGCAAGACGAGCUUGAUGAAGGCUGCCGUCUGGAUCGAUUUGGUAAACGCAAUCUUUUGGUUCAUCUCGGGCGUUUACGGUGCCAUCAAGACGUUUUUGGGAGAGAAGACAGACCUGAUGACGGACAAGAUUGGUCAAAAAUUGUUUGAGAAGAAGCAAGCGCCUGCGAAAGAGCCUGACUAUGCGGAGAGCGUAUAG